AUGGGGGAUACGAGAGACAUCUGUCCUCACCUGGAUUCCAUAGGAGAGGUGACCAGGGAUGAUCUGCUGCUCAAAUCCAAGGGAACUUGCCAGUCUUGUGGAGCUGUGGGACCAAAUCUCUGGGCUUGUCUGCAGAUUGGUUGUCCUUAUGUUGGUUGUGGGGAGUCCUUUGCUGACCACAGCACACUUCACGCGCAGGCCAAAAAGCACAACCUGACGGUGAACCUGACCACCUUCCGCGUCUGGUGUUACGCCUGUGAAAAGGAGGUGUUCUUGGACCAGCGGCUGGCCACGCACACGCAGUCACCGCCAGCGAAGUUCACUGAACCGGAUUCUCCAUUGCCUGCUCACCCUCUGAAAGCUGUUCCGAUUGCAGUGGCUGAUGAAGGCGAAUCUGAAUCAGAGGAUGAUGAUUUGAAACCAAGAGGCCUUACUGGAAUGAAAAAUCUUGGGAACUCCUGCUACAUGAAUGCAGCACUUCAGGCUCUCUCUAACUGCCCACCUCUCACCCAGUUUUUUCUGGAAUGUGGCGGACUGGUCCGUACAGACAAGAAACCAGCGCUGUGCAAAAGCUACCAGAAGUUGGUGUCUGAGGUUUGGCAUAAGAAACGCCCAAGCUAUGUUGUUCCCAGCAGUCUGUCCCACGGAAUUAAGCUCGUCAACCCCAUGUUCCGAGGCUACGCACAGCAGGACACGCAGGAAUUCCUGCGGUGCCUGAUGGAUCAGCUUCAUGAAGAACUGAAGGAACCAGUUGUUGCAGAGACGAGGGAUUUGGAUACCAGUGACCAGGAUGACAAGCGAGAGGGUGACCGAAGUCCUUCGGAGGAUGAGUUCCUCUCCUGCGACUCCAGCAGUGACAGGGGGGAAGGGGAUGGGCAAAGUCGGACCACAGGGGGCAUGGGCAGCAGCUCCCUGGCAGAGACAGAGCUGUUGAUCCAGGACGAAGCAGGGAGAGGGAUCUCUGAGAAAGAGAGGAUGAAGGACAGAAAGUUCUCCUGUGGCCAUCGGCGCAGCAACUCGGAGCAGGUGGAUGAGGAUGCAGAUGUUGAUACGACUCUGAUGCCAGUUGAUGGCAGAGCCUCACCUGAGAUGCUGCCAGCUCCCCGCUCUGCCAGCCCUUGUAGGACACCAGAACCUGACAAUGACGCCUACGUGCGCUGCUCCUCACGCCCCUGCAGUCCAGUCCAUCAUGAAAUGCACUCCAAGCUCUCUAGCAGUCCUCCUCGCUCCAGUCCUGCCAGGCUUGGACCUUCCUACGUACUCAAGAAAGCCCAGAUGCAGGCUUCCGGGAAAAAGAAGAAAGAACUUCGUUAUCGCAGUGUGAUUUCGGACAUCUUCGACGGCUCCAUCCUCAGCCUGGUGCAGUGCCUCACCUGCGACAGAGUUUCUACGACGGUGGAGACAUUCCAGGACCUGUCACUCCCAAUCCCAGGGAAGGAGGACUUGGCCAAGCUGCACUCUGCCAUCUACCAAAACGUGCCAGCUAAGACGGGGGCCUGUGGGGACAACUAUGCCUCCCAAGGCUGGAUUGCUUUCAUCAUGGAGUAUAUCCGGAGAUUUGUGGUGUCCUGUAUCCCUAGCUGGUUUUGGGGUCCUGUUGUGACGCUGGAGGAUUGUCUUGCUGCCUUUUUUGCAGCGGAUGAGUUGAAAGGGGACAACAUGUACAGUUGUGAACGGUGUAAAAAACUGCGCAAUGGAGUAAAGUACUGCAAAGUCCUCCGGCUGCCAGAGAUCCUUUGCAUCCACUUGAAGCGGUUUCGGCACGAGGUGAUGUAUUCCUUCAAGAUCAACAGUCACGUCUCCUUCCCCUUGGAAGGGCUGGAUCUGCGACCUUUCCUAGCCAAGGAGUGCGUCUCCCAGAUCACCACCUACGAUCUCCUGUCAGUCAUCUGUCACCAUGGCACAGCAGGCAGCGGGCAUUACAUAGCCUACUGCCAGAACGUGAUCAACGGCCAGUGGUACGAGUUUGACGACCAGUAUGUCACUGAAGUCCACGAGACGGUGGUACAGAACGCAGAAGCUUACGUCCUGUUCUACAGGAAAAGCAGUGAAGAAGCUGUGCGGGAGCGUCAGAAAGUUGUGUCCCUUGCCAGCAUGAAGGAGCACAGUUUACUCCAGUUCUACAUCUCUCGAGAGUGGCUCAAUAAGUUCAACACCUUUGCUGAGCCUGGCCCCAUCACCAACCACACCUUUCUGUGCUCUCACGGAGGGAUUCCUCCUAAUAAAUACCACUACAUUGAUGACCUGGUUGUGAUUCUGCCCCAAAACGUGUGGGAAUAUCUCUACAACAGGUUCGGGGGCGGCCCUGCUGUGAACCACCUGUACGUGUGCUCCAUUUGCCAAGUGGAGAUUGAAGCGCUGGCCAAACGCAGGCGGGUUGAAAUCGACACCUUCAUCAAGCUGAACAAGGCUUUCCAGGCGGAGGAGUCUCCAAGUGUCAUCUACUGUAUCAGCAUGCAGUGGUUCCGGGAGUGGGAAGCUUUUGUCAAGGGGAAGGAUAACGAGCCUCCCGGCCCCAUUGACAACAGCAAGAUCGCGCUCACCAAAGCGGGGGGCCACGUGCAGGUGAAGCAGGGUGCCGACUACGGACAGAUUUCCGAGGAGACGUGGAUCUAUUUGAGCACGCUGUACGGCGGGGGCCCAGAGAUUGCCAUCAGGCAGAACGUGGCCCAGGUCCAAGAACUGGAAAACCUUCACGGGGAGCAGAAGAUUGAAGCGGAGACGCGGGCUGUGUGA